AAGGAUUCCUUCAGGAAUUCCUCAAAGAAUGAAUCCAAGAAUUCCUCUGGGAUUAUCUCAAUAAAUUCUUGCAGGGGUUUCUCCAUUUAUGCUUGGUGGAAUUCAUUUAGUAAUCCCUGCUGUAAUUUUUCUAUGGAUUCCUCCAGAAAUUCAUCCAGAGAUUAUUUUGCAAGGAUUCGUUCAGAUUUCCGCUUAGGGAUUCUUCUCGCAAUUUCUUCUCGUAUUCUGACUGGAAAUCCUCUUCAGGUUCCUUUUAGAAUUUUUGUUGAAAUUGCUCCUAGAAUGCCGCUGUAAUUUCUCCAGGAAUUCGUGGUGGGAAUCCUCCAAGAAGUCUUGCUGACAUUCCUGGAGAAUCCCUAAGGGCAAUAACUCUAGAAAUACCUUCUGGAAAUAUUUGAGAAGUCUCAGCAAGGAUGUCCGGUAAAAUUGUGGUACGAGUUCCUGAAGGAAACCUAGCAAGCAGGUAUGUAUUCCGAGAGGAAUUCCUAUAGGAAUUCUUGAAGAUAUCACCAAAAGAAUCAUCGGAGCGAUAUCUGUACAACAAAUCCAUGGAGGAAUCCUAGCAAAAAAUUCUAGCAGAAUUCCAUUAUACAUUCCAAAAGGAGUUCCAUAGAUUUUCUAGUGAAAUUCCUCAAGGGAGUCCUCUUGAAGUUCUUCCAGAAAUUCCUGCUAUGAUUCCCUUCAGAUUUCGUCUAGAAUUCCCCUUGGAAUAUAUGCAGAAAUUACUGCUGGGAUUGCUUCAAGAAUUCCUACUAGAACUUGUUCAAGAAUUCUUGCUUAAAUUUCUCUAGCAUUUUCAGCAAGAAUAUCUCUUUUUGCUUUUGAGAGCCCUCCAGGAAUUCUUGGGAAACCCAGAAAAUUUUUGGAGGAUUCGAAAUGUCUAGAGGAAUCCCAGCAGCAAUCCUGGAACAAUCCAAGCAGUAGUUCCCAAAAUAAUCUCAAGAGGAUGUCCAGCAGGAAUAUUACAUUUCUAGUGAAUUUCAUGAAUAAGAUACAGCAGGAAUUGCUAGAGGAAUCCUAGCAAGAAUUAUUAGUGGUAAUGCCAGAAGAUUUCUUGGAUGAAUCCUUGCCGAAACUUCUGAAAGAAUCCCAAAAUGAAUUUCUGAAGGAAUGCUUGGAAAAAUCAGUGAAGAAACUAAAGGAGCAAUUUCUGGGGGAAUCCAUGAAGAUACCUCUUGAGGUAUCUGUCUCAAGAAGAAUUUUUGAAUGAAUCACAGUAGGUAAUCCUAGAUGAUUUUCGUGAUUAAUAUAUGAAGUUAUUCUUGGGGAUAUCGCAGGAAAUCACAGGAGGAAUUCCUGGAGAAAUUAUUGCGGAAUCAUAAGAGGAUUCUGGAAGAACUUCUUCUUCACAGAAAAAAAUUUUUGAAGGAAUCCUUGAAGGGCAUUUCUGGAAGUAUUCCAAGAGAAAUCUUUAUGGGAGUCCUCUUGGAAUUUCUCCACAAAUGCUGAUGGAAUUCCUCUAAAAAAUCUUGAGAGAUUUCUCCAAGAGUUCCAAAAGAAAUUUCUCAUCAGAUAUGCCUACUAGAAUUCAUCUGAGAAUUCUUGCUGGAGUUUCACAAGCAUUUUCAGCUGGGAUUUCUCCAGUAAUUGCUCUUGGGAGUCCUCAAAUCAAGCUUCAGAGCGGUUUGUUGUACAUACAGUAAUAAUGUUACAGUAGACGUUCGAUAAGUGCAACAUGUUUACGUUUCAGUUACCGAAUGAAAUUCGCUAACUGCAACGACUGACAGCCGUCAAACAGUUGUCAAUUGCUGUUGGACGCAGCCAGAAUGCACUCAAAAACAUCGCAAUGCAGCUGUAGUGCAUCCGAAAAACAUCGCAACUCUGUUGACGUUUUAUUUUUGACAGAUAGGGGUGCGAUAACUGCAAAAUUGUUGCUGUUGCGGAUUACAGGCAAUAGGCCCUUUGGAUCUGCGUCGCAUUGACACAUGUCUUUUCAAUGUCAAUGUCAACGUUGACUUGUAUGCCGAAGUGAUAAUAGCCGACGAUAACAAAAAGCGAAUCGAUAGCACGUGAAGUCGUACGGCUAAUGAAGAAGCCUAAUCUUAAUAUUACUCGUUUCUAUGCAAUCUUUUAUUAUAAUAAUUAUUGAACAAAAUCACAUGAAUUCUUAGUAGUUAGUUUCAGUAAGUUCAAGGUUUGUGGAAUGUUAAUUGUGCACUUAUUUAGCUACUUAAUCUAUGAUCAUGCAACACACAAACAACACUUGAACAUGUAUCUAAUCAUUCUUAAAAUUGCAGUUUAAAAUCUAUAGUUAUUGCCUAAAGUGUCCCUAAACGCUAAAUUAUAAACUAAAUUAGUACGGGAUAGUAAGUACGGAGUAAAUAGCCAAUGAUAUACAGCUAAUUUGACAAUCUUGUUCAUAGCUAGGUAUCUAACCUCACAACUGCCUCAUAAACCGAUACUGGAAGGCUGAUUGGAUCAAUCGGAUAGUUUAGAAACUAAUUUUCGAGUUUACGGAAACACCGAACUACGGAACAGUUUUUUGUAACAUCCUCGAAAAUUACUGCAUCCAAUCAGGUUCCAGCCAGUAAUGAGCAGUGCAGCGAUGCAGUCUGUCAACCACUGCAAGGCAUGCAAUCGGCCGGACCAUGCCGACGAUAUGGUUGCAUGCGAUAUUUGUGGAACUUGGUUCCACUACACUUGUGCAGGAGUUCAAGCCUCUAUCUGCAACAAGCCAUGGCAUUGCGGAUAUUGCUCCAGCCGGGACGACGGCACUAACAGCUCAGCGAUUUCGGUCAGCUCCGGAAGCUCGAAUGCCCGUUUGCAGUUGAGGCAGCUAGAAGAAUCUAAGGCGCUGGAAGAUCGCCUUCUACUGCAGCAAGCUGAACGCGAGCGAGCUUUUCUAGCCGAGAAGCAUCAGCUGGAGGCUGAGAUUCAGUCGGACAAGCAGCUUAGAGGCAGCACUUCUAGUUUUAGGAGCCGACACAGUGCUAGAAGCCGUCACAGUUACAGAAGCGAGGUAAGAGCGUGGAUCAAUGAAUCGGUAGAUACUCCAGCGAAGACGGUGGAUCAUCAACCAGGGGCGUCAACAUCGACACCUAUUGUUUCCACUGGGAACGUGGUUCUAGCGGUACCAGAACAACAAACGGUAUCAGCUCCGCCGGUUUCUUCUCUCGAUCAUCCGAUGGUAGCCCAGGGUCUUGGCAAUCAACCUCCAUUCGUGCACCCCAACGUUGGCCAGGUCACAUCGAUUCUCCCACCAAGUAAUUUGCCGUCAGUCGUCGCACCCGUCGUGUCAGUAGCUAACAGAGACCCACCGAGAACAAUGACAAACUGCACAACUAUUCAUCCUCCUGAGCAGUCGUGUUCAGUUCCGCUUAGCAACGUCGUCCACCAAGAACAGCAGAAACAACACCCACUGCAUCGGCCUAACCGGCAACUUCCACCGACCGUUCUGUCAGGUCCGAAGCAGCCAGUGCUUUCAGGUUCGAAUCCUUUGGGAAGUCACGUUUCUGCCCGUGUACGCUGUGGAAGUCAAGCUCAGCUGCCAGAUGCUCAGCUACCCAGGAUGCAGCACCAAAUUCAUCAACGGUUCCAGCCGUGUGGUCAACAAACUGGUCAGCCCUUUCCUCCAACACUGAACCAGAACGCCUCUUCGUUUCCAGCACAGUGGCCACGAAACGCAAGUGUGACUUUCGUCGACAACCAGCAGUAUUUCCCAACUGCAAACCAGAUUCCCGUUGUGCAACCGAUCGGCGCUUCUCACCCGAUAAAUUUCUACCAACCGUCGUACCCUCGAUGGUCAACAGAAUCGGUGCCACUCCAGCAAUCGAGUACGACUGUGGGAAAUGUAGCAGGAACCUACGCAUCGGAACCGCAACUCGAUCCAGCAGGACAUUCUAAUCAGCAGACACUUUUUGGUCAAGCUUCGAGCUUCCACCGAGCACAGGCUGCAGAAGGCAUAUUGAGCGCACAGCAGUUGGCUGCACGACAAGUGGUAUCACGUGAGUUGCCUAAAUUUUCAGGUGAUCCUCUUGAGUGGCCAAUGUUUAUAAACGCGUUUGAGUCCACGACGGCCAUGUGUGGGAUUCAACCAGACGAGAACCUGGCCAGGCUACAAAAAAGCUUGGUUGGCGCUGCUAGGGAGAAAGUCCAGAGCAUACUAACUCUGCCGACGGCGAUCCCAGAGAUCAUUGAAACUCUUCGCGACGAAUGUGGCCGACCGGAACAGCUAGUUCAUUGA